AUGUCAAAACCUCAACAUCAGGUAUCAUCGUCACCAACAACACGACAAACGAGUCAUCACUCUCGAAUCAUCCUGCUGAUCGUCACUCUCUUUCUUUACAUUGGAGAAUCUUGUGGUCGUGAAGAUGAUCAGCCAAAGAUCAAGUCCUCUGGGACUAGGAGUACGACGACGAAGAAAAUAACAGAGACAAAGACAAAGACUAAGAAUAAGAAGAAGCCCUCAAGACCUCACAUUUGGAUGAUUGUCGUGGACGAUUUGGGGUCCAAUGAUUUGGGAUUCCAUGGUUCCGGAAUCCAUACUCCCAACAUUGAUUCCUUGGUGAUGGGAGACGACAAUAAGGAUGGAUAUAACAGCAGCAGCAGCAGCAGCAGCAUCCUUUUGGACCAAUACUACGUCUUGCCAUGCUGCAGUCCAACACGGGCAUCGCUUCUUUCGGGAAAGUAUCCUCUGCAUCAUGGCAUUCAUUCUUAUAUUGAAGAUUAUUCUACUGUGGGAUUGCCGUUGGACAAUGUGGAAACCUUACCAAACAUGCUCAAGCGGUCCAAAGCUGAUGAUGGUGGUGGUGGCGGCGGUGGUAGUGGUGGUGGUGGUGGAGAGAAUAAUAAGAACCAAGAAGGUGGUGCUGCGGAUGACGGAUACGAAACACACGCGGUGGGCAAGUGGCAUUUGGGUCAUGCCAAAUGGGAAUACACUCCAACCUUUCGUGGAUUUGACUCCUUUUUUGGAUUCUAUCGAGGAGGAGAAGAUUACUAUACCCAUAGUGCCAAAAAUGCAUACGAUAUGAGAUAUGACAAGCAACCAAUGUGUGGGCGAAACUGUUCCAAGAUUGUCGACAGGAGCGGCAAUCAAAGGGAUGAGAAGAAUGCAGGUACAAGAGAUGAGUUGGGCUUUGGAAAAGAACAGUAUUCCACACAUGUAUUUACCAAACAAGCCAUUCGAGUUGUGGAAGACUAUGGAAAUAGAAAGCAUACUCUCCAGGACCACGACGAAAGACAUCCUUCCAACGAGACUGACCCAACAGAAUCCAAGAACGGGACCCUUCCACCGCUCUUCUUGUACUUGGCGUUUCAGGCAGUCCAUGCUCCCGAUCAAGUCCCUUGGCCCUACAAGGAUCGCUAUUCCGAUCGCGCCGAUUGGUCGGAUACUCGAAAGACCUAUGCCGGAAUGUUGACAGCUGCGGAUGAAGGCAUUGGCAACAUUACCAAAGUGCUUCAGAAGGACUAUCCAGAUAUUUGGGAUAAUCUGUUGAUUGUAUUUACAACGGAUAAUGGAGGUCCCACUGAAAUAUGCGCCGUACAAGGGUCAUCCAAUCAUCCAAAGAGAGGUGGCAAAUGCACAGUUUGGGAAGGGGGAACAACUGGAGAUGGUUUUGUGAGUGGUCCGUACAUGACAAAGCUGCUGGAGGAUGAGAACGAGGGGGAAGUGGGCAAUAGUAACCGUGAUAAAACUACAAGUCUCAGUGAUGCUGAAAGUUCAAAGGGACAAAGUCACGAUUCGACCCCUGUCCAUUCGAUGCGACAUUAUUCACAUCUCUUUCAUGUCGUGGAUUGGCUGCCAACCUUGGCCCAAAUUGUUGGUGUCAAACCAAGAGACGGGUUGGACGGGAAGGGUCAACUGAGCGGCUGGCAACACGAUAUUCCCAUUCGAGAUCAUGUUCACAUUGGAUACGCAUUUGCUGCAUUCUCGACAAAGCAGUGGUAUGGGCCAGCGAUACGAUCCCAACAGUGGAAGCUGAUUCAAGGUUCAUCCGGAGGCCCAGACGAAAAUAAUCUCAAACCCAAAGGAAGUGACGAGCCCCUUCCUGGUGGUGGGAGUAUCGAUGGAGGACAAAGCGAAUCGGCAUCAGUCAACAACAACAACAACAACAACACUAGCUUUGAGAAUGAAUCAAACUAUCUACUAUUUGAUUUGGAGAAUGAUCCGAACGAACAGCACAAUGUGGCAUCUCAAUUCCCAGAAAUAGUGGAAUCGUUAGUCGAUAAACUGAGGGAAUAUCAAAAAACAUACUUGCCUCCCCAGCCAGAAGAUCCGAGUUGCCCAUUCACUGGGUUUGUCAAUACAUCCAUGGGGCCCACCUGGUACGAUGCCAUGGUGCAACGAGGUUGUGCUUUAUUCGUGAAGGAGCUCCAUGGAUGA